AUGUCAAAACCAUUAGAGAGAUACCAAAAACUUGGCUUGAAAGAGUCGUUACCAAGAAUUCACAGGUACCCGUUAGCCUGUAAAGAGCUGAGCUUAAUUCUCAGAGGCGCUUACAAGAAAAUUCCCAAGAAUCUUCAAUCGCUCAUCUUCCAGGACACCCUCACCGCCUUUCGUCUCCUCCCUGAAAUGCAGACACGCAAUGCUGUUUUGGCAGCCCAUCUCCUCCUUCAGAGCGUCGAGGCCACGUUGCCAAAGCAAAAGAAGAAUGCAGCUGUUACAGAAUAUAAGAAUGCAAUGGUUGCUCAUAAGAGGCGCACUAAAGCCCGCCAAGAAGAAAACGUUUCAGGUUCAACCCAGCUGCCACAAGAUGUUCUUGUUCACAUAUUCAGUUUCCUCGAUAUGCAAUCUUUAGUCUCUGUUGGACUAGUCUGCUGGUUGUGGAAUAUAGCGGCAAGUGAGAACAAUUUGUGGCGGGCACAAUACACUACUUUCUUCGGGAAUUCUGAUAAUGAUGCAAUGAUUAAGGGUCGACAGAUUGGUAGACUGGUUGAAGAUGAAGAAGGGUAUACACUAUUUUGGCGAGAAGCCUUCAAACGAACAUAUUUAGGUAGUUCUUCAAAGAAAUUGAAAUCCAGUAGGGGAUACUGUAGGGACUGCAACACGAUUGUUUGGCUCGAUAACAUGAAAUGUUCAAAUGAACAUACAGGACUAAAUUCUGAAAAUCAGCAAAUUAAGCUGGUGUUACCCAGUCAGGUGGUUGGGUAUCUCUUGGAUGAUUCUUUAUCAUUGGCAUCUUCUUCAGACAGUGAUAGUGAUUCAGAUGGAGGGCCAUUUUCCAGGUUAUGGGCCUACCAAAGACCCUUGAGCAAAACCCAGUAA